AAGUUAAAUCAAAUAUGGGCGUUAAACAUUCAAUAAAACACUUAAUGAAGGCCAUAAGGCUUCUGCAAUGAAGAUUGAGGGAGUGUGGGCGUACACAUUGUGAUAUCACGUUUAAUCAGUCGUCUUCCUUUUGACUGUUUAUCAGUGACAGAAUUUAAAUAAUAUUGGCAUAGUGUUUUGGAAUGACAAGAAUCUCCUUAAUUCAUUAUGACGGUCGAUUUUUGCGAUUAUUUUUGGGGAGAAAAAAAUAAUGGAUUUGAUGUAUUAUAUCACAAUAUGAAACAUGGUUCAUUAGCUAGUAAAGACUUUUCAGAUUUUUUACGAGAAAGGACUAAUAUUGAAGAAACGUGUUCAAAGUUACUUGCCAAGUUAGCUAAGCAGACUAGUAGUACAACAACUAAUAGUACAUUUACUCCAUUAUGGCAAUUACUUCGAGCAUCUAUAGAAAAACUUACCACACUCCAUUUACAAAUGGUACAUAAAGUAUGUGAACUAGUCAAAGAUGUUACAAAGUAUACUGAUGAACUUCACAAGAAGCAUAAAAAUGUUAAAGAAGAACAGAGUGGUACUUUAGAAGCUGUACAAUCCAUACAAUCGACCACAUUAGCUUUACAAAAAGCAAAAGACAUUUACUUGCAAAAAGGUGGGGAGUUAGACAAACUUAGAAAAGACAAUGCUUCUGUUAAGGAUAUUGAAAAGGCUGAAAUAAAAUUAAAAAAAACUCAAGAUGAUUAUAAAAUUUUAAUAGAUAAGUAUGGUGCUGUAAAAGAAGAAUUUGAAAAAAAAAUGACAUCUGCAUGUAAGCUUUUCCAAGAAGUUGAAGAAUCUCACUUAAAGCAAAUGAAAGAUUUCCUUAGCAUGUAUACAGAAUUAAUUGAAACUAACCAUGAUGAAAUUGGAAAAGUACAUGUUGAAUUUAAAAAACAAUGCCUUGAACUGACUGUGGAUAAAUUAUUGGAACAAUUUGUAUUAUCUAAGUAUACUGGAUUAGAAAAACCUGAAACCAUUGAAUUUGAAGAUGUUUGUCUUAGCUCUUCCAAUAGUGCAUGUCAGAUUCCAGAUUCGUUCAGUGAUUCAAAAUCAAUUCAAGGAACCAAUUCACCUAUUUUAAUUAGUAAUCCUCCAAAUUUGUGUACAACUAGUAUAUCAUCUGAAAAAUCUACUAAACGUGAAGGUAAUUGCAGUCUAAGAGACAGGAAUGAUGCAAUCAAUUACCAGUCCUCCAGAGCAACAUCCUUACUCAAUAUCUUCAUCUCCAAUUCCCAUGGUGCUUUAUCAAAAUCAAACAGAACUAUUAGCCUUAAUGCUGAUCAUUCAACCUACUCACUCCCUCAAAGUUCUGUUCGUGGAUCAAAAUGGUUUUUGAGGAGUAGACGUGACAAACGCAAGGAAAAAAAAACCAAAAAAAAAAAAGACAGUAAUGAAAUUAUAGCAAACGCUAAAGAAGAAAAAUCUGAUGAAGAAAAAGAGGAACAAGAUCAAUCAAAAAUUUCUACUCCGGAAAUUGACGAUGAAGGAUAUCGUAUUCAACCAUCCAGUCAAUGGAAUGUUGAUAAAGGAAGCUUUUAUUCUACUUCUGAUUCUGAUGAAGAAAGAGAUAAAAGGCUACAUGUGGAAAUUAAACCUCUGAGUAAUGGUUCAGGACCAAUUAGUGCUAGUGUUGAUGAAUUAAGAGCUACUGUUGAAAAUUUAUCACUUAUGCCUCUAGGAGCACACACAUUAAGGAAUCGUCGGGGAUCUGCUAAUGAUGAUGGAAUUAUGAAACGAUCAAAAUCAGUUUCUCAACAAUUAAAUUCUGUAAAAAUUAGUAAUGACCUUAUUGGUCUCAACUUGUUCCAGUCAAGUGCUAGUUCGCCCAACUCAACCCAACAGCCAUACAGUUCAUUAAAUAGUCCAACACUUUCAUUACCAAACAAAUCAAUUUCUCCGUCCAAUAUUAAUACUCCUGUGGCAUCAAAAUAUGCAGCAGAUUUAGGUGAUUUAUUUUUUGAAGUCGGUGAUACUCAACAUCCAACACAAACUAAACAAUCACCUUCUUCUACAACAUCGGUAGGAUCUAUAUCUAUUCCUCGCCCUCCAUCUAGACGGGAGAAUACAGGACCACGAAGUCAAUUGAGUCCAAUAAGCAUAGGUAGAGCUGAUAGUGUGUCGAGCCUUGAGUUUAGAUCAUCUGGUGUUGUUGGACAAUCUAGAGUACCAUCGCCAUUAACAAUUGGCCUGUCUGAUACAUUUCCAUUGGCCAUUGCAUUUCAUGAGAUCAUUCAUGCCUAUUUCAAAGGAUCAAAUGAAUCAAGGUGUCAAGUAAAAAUGUUUGGUGAUAUGAUGGUAUCAUUUCCAGCUGGUAUAGUUAAUGUUCUAGCAAAUAAUCCAAAUCCAGCAAAAUUGACAUUCCGAUUAAAAAACACCAUGCGUGUAGAAAAUCUUCUUCCAAACAAACAAUUAGUUAACAUUGACAAUACAAUUGCAAUAAAUGAUUCAAUUGUUUAUGAAUUUAAUAUGCCUGCAUUGACAUUAUUAUUGCGUAAACAAUAUGAAAAAAACCCUGUUGCUUCUUAUUUCAAUGUUGAUAUACUAAAAUAUCAAAUAAAAUGUAAGAAUUCAGCAGCAACUUCAUGUCCUCUUCAGUUAGUAUCGUUCUAUAAAUGUUGUGGUACACAUACAGAUCUGAAAAUUGAUUACAAGUUCAAUAGCCACUCAAUGAAUGUACCUUCUUCAUUACUUAAUGUCUCAAUAUCUACUAACUUGAAUACCACGAUACAAAAUAUGCAGUCCAAACCUCCUGCUCAAUGGCAACCAGAUACAAAAACAGCUGUAUGGAAGUUUGCUGAGCUUUCACAACAUUCAGGAAAUCAAGGUUCAGGUUCAUUGAAAGCAAGGUUUGAAGUUGAUACUCUGUGUCCAGUAUCUACAAUAAUAACUCAGUUCAAUUGUGAAGGUACUACAUUAUCUGGAGUAGAAUUUGAAUUAGCAAGUAGUGGUUACAGAGUUUCAUUGAUCAAAAAAAGAUUUGUUGCUGGAAAAUACAUUUGUGACAGUGAGCCUGAUGCGAAAAGUUCAGUCCUACAUUCCAAUGUAUCAUCAAAUAUUUCUAGUACAGAUUGUUAAUUAUCUUUCAUAUUAUUGUUUUUUUUUUUUUUAUCUUUGUUAGCAUCAUGGUUUUAUUAUUAUUUUGUAAUCUCAUAAUUUAUACUAUCUUUAUUCUGACUAUUCAAUUUCAUAAGACAUCAAUAGUAUUUACUUAUCUAUUUCUAUUAAAUACAAAUUAAUUUUUUUUUAAUAUGCUUUAUUUACUAUCAGUGUAAUCUGUUUAUGUAUACUUGUUUCAUAACAAAUGCAAAAUAUUAAACAAAUUAUUUUUACAUGUGAACAAACAUCUAUUUUAGCUUGUUAAAAAGCACUAUAUAUUUAUACAUUAAAAAAAAAAAAUAGAUUAUUCAAUUUCCAUGUUUCAUAUUAAUUGUUAUUUUAUUUAUAAGAGUUUCAAGGAUAAGAUUUCUUUUUAUAUAAAUUGAUCGCAAUUUUAUUAUAAAUAUAUAGUGUUUUAACAUAUAUUCAUAAAAUUAAUUCUUUUAUUUAUUUUAAAUAAGAAUACAGGGAUUUAUAGUUAAGUGUUAGUUAUCAUUUCAAAAUGAUGACCAUUGUAUUGAAAAUGUGUUAAACCUUACUAGAAAUGAGCUAAUUUUAUAAAAGUUAGUGUAAAAAACUUUUAUUUAUCAAAAUGUAUAAACAAUAGAUCUUGUCACAGUAAUCUCUUUUUUAUAGUUAUUUUAACAUAUUGAUUAUAUAUGUAUUGUGAUACAGUUCCAAUAUUCAAUUCUUACUUUUUUAUUAUUUAUUAGUAAAUACGAAAAAUAUUUUUGAUUAAAUUUUAUUAUUCGUGUUAUCUAUUGCUUCAUAUAACUAGUAUCUUAUAAAUGUAUAAAUAAGAAUCAAUACUUGUUGAGUUGCUUUUUUUUUUAUUAUAGAGAAAUAUUAUUUAUUUUAUUUAGUUAUUGUUUUUGUUAUUCAUUUAAACUAUGUUUAAAUAAAUAUUACAGACAAAGUCUCAAAAUUAAGUUAGACAAAUUUUAUAUUUAUUUAAACACAUAUCUUAAAAUCAUAUAAUUAAAAGUUAGUUUUAAUUUAAAAAUUUAAUAACUAUUGAUCCAAUUAUCAUUUCACUGUAACUUUUUUUUUACAAUUUUUUAAAAUAGCAAUUUUUUUGUUAUAACAUAUUUAAAACUAGUAUUUAUUGAAUUACGAGCAUUUUAAUACUUAAGUAAAUAAGUAGCAGGAGUAGGUACAGCCUGUACAAGUGUCUGUUUACUUAUAAUGUAUACCCCUCCUGGAGUAUGUACUCAUUCUAUGUAUUAAAAAAUACUUGUAAUUUGAUCAAUACUUGUCUUAAAAUUGUUAUCAACCCAUCAUGUUUUUUAUAAGGUAUGUUCUAAGAAAUUGUAUUGCCAAAUGAAAAAUUGAACAAUAAAAAUACCUUUUUUUCUCA